AUGAUCCGGUGCCGGCGCCGCCUCUCCUGCGCACGGUGUCUCGGGCGCGGCCAGUGCCGGCAAGCGGGACCACUUUUGAAGCCGGCAACGGCGGAUCUGGAGGAGCCCGCCACCACGCCCCUUCCAUGUCCGGCACUGCCCAUUCAUCGGCCCUCCACCUCCUCUGGGCCGACCGGACUGGAAGAAGGGGAGGAGAGCCGCGAGGGAAGACCACCUGUGCCACCGCCGUUGCCGCCGAUAGAUUUACAUGGACCAUUGACUACUUUCAGUUCCCAUUCCCUGAAACAUGUUUUUGCAUUCAGUGAAGUGAGGGUUGAAGGUUUGAAGACCUUGAACUAUCUUGACAACUUGCAAUCCAAGAAUCGUUGUACUGAACAAGGAGAUGCAGUUGUAUUUGAGUCUGAAGUGGACAAGGUAUAUUUGAGUGCUCCGCCAAAGAUUGUGAUCAUUGACCACGAGAAGAAAAGAACAUUUGUUUUGAGGAAAGAGGGACUUCCUGAUGUUGUUGUUUGGAACCCUUGGGACAGGAAGGCCAAAGCAAUGCCAGAUUUCGGGGAUGAGGAGUACAAGAGCAUGCUAUGCGUGGGGGCUGCAGCUAUUGAGAAGCCAAUUACUUUAAAGCCAGGUGAAGAGUGGAUAGGAAAGCAGGAAAUUUCUGCUGUACCAUCCAGUUACAGCAGCAGACAAUUGGAUCCUGAACUGAUUCGUCGAAUGCACACAAUAUAA